AUCCAGCCAAACGGCUCCUUUAAUCUAUUCCUCAAAAGAAUGCCACGGAACCAAAAACCACGAAGAUCGCUCGCCGCGGCAAUGGAGCCGCCGGAGCCAUACCCGGACCUUCCCUUCCCCACUGCGGAGCAAUGCCGGUCCGUGCGCGACGAUCUCCUUUCUUUUCAGGGCUUCCCAAAGGAGUUCGAACGCUAUCACCGACCGGCGACGAUCGCCGCCAAACCCCCGCUCUCUUCCGACGAGAGCGUUAUCGACGGACUUGUGAGCAUUCUUCUCUCGCAGAACACGACCGAGGCAAACUCCCGGAGGGCCUUCGCUUCCCUCAAGUGCGCUUUCCCCACUUGGGAAGAGGUUCUUAGUGCGGAGACAAGGAGCGUGGAGAAAGCCAUUAGGUGUGGAGGCUUGGCAACAACCAAGGCGGCUCGAAUUAAGAACAUUAUGAGGGGUUUGAUGGAGAGAAGGGGGCAGAUUUGUCUGGAAUAUUUAAGGGGAUUGUCGGUUGCAGAAGUGAAGACUGAGCUUUCACAGUUCAAGGGGAUUGGUCCAAAGACGGUGGCCUGUGUUCUGAUGUUCCAUCUUCAGCAAGAAGAUUUCCCUGUAGAUACCCAUGUAUUUCGUAUUACAAAAGCCAUUGGUUGGGUUCCCAUGAAGGCAGACAGGGAGAAGGCUUAUCUUCAUCUUAACAAGAGGAUACCCAAUGACUUAAAGUUUGAUUUGAAUUGUCUGCUAGUAAGCCAUGGAAAGAUAUGUCACAGAUGUGCCAAUAAAGGAGGUGACCAGCCAACUACAGGUUCUAAUGCUUCUUGCCCUUUGACCACUUAUGCUGUCAUGUAGUAUUGACACUUGUUUCUACUUUCAACAACAACUACAUUAAGCCUCUGUCGCACUACGUGGGGUCGAAUUUUUAAAGGAUUCAUGUCAUGAUUAUUCGACAAGUUA